UAUUACUGCUGUGUAUCUGUGUCUCUCUAUUCAUCUAUAUAAGGUUUGUUGCUUUCUUAACUUCCCAAGUUUUGAUAUAUUUUUAGAUUAUAUUCAUCAUUGUGAGUGUGUGUGUGUGUGUGUGUGUGUUCAUUCAGUUACGAGCAGUGUGUGAUUAGGGGGGUCUUCGGUCUGGAUACCCUGACAACCUUGGGCCCCAAAAACCUCUCAGAUAAUCUCUUGGAGUUGCUGUGCACCCCCUCCUCCCUGCUGACGUCACGUCUGGAGGCUGGCUGCUGUUCACCUACAACAGAAACUUUCCUGGAGUUCUGAGCUCGACUGACUGCGGACCGAGUCAAAUCCUGCCCAGAGGAAGCCGCAGCAGCCCAGAGGCCUUCAUGCUGUAGAAGAGAGAGCGGGACCAGAUCCACUCCUACAGCCGAGGAACAUUCUUACCGUACAUGUCUCGUUUUAUUUCACACUUUUCAAAGUGAGGCCAGCGUCUUCCCCUGGGGAACGUUACUUUAACGUACUUGUGCAUUCCCCCAGCGGCUGGAGGUCGCUCUGUACAGGAAUAUGCUCAGGAAUACAUACGCUCUGCUUUGACUUUUUUUCACGGAGCUCAAACUAACGUGGAUCAUUUUUUCUCCAGAAAACUUUUUCCUAAGCCCGUCCUCGGUGUGGACAUGGCUUGGAUUACACGGGGCCUCUUCUUAUUUUCCUUCGGUUUGUUUCUUUGGCCGGUGCGUUCAUCGGCGGAGCAGCCACAAAGCUCAAGCGGCUUUAGGAGGCUGUACGUGGUCCAGCCCGGGCCGGGGCCGCGAACGUACAACGUGGGACUCACUACCAGUUUCGGCAGCCAGGUCCGGACGCGCAGGAUGGGGAACCAAGCCGCCUCAGCCCCGCAGUUCAGUCAGCAGCAGCCGGUCGUCCGUGUGAGCGGACAGGAGCAGAGCCAGCAGGAACAGCUCAUGAAGCUGUCGGGGGUGAAUGUGUGUGGAGGCCAGUGCUGUCAUGGAUGGAGUAAAGCUCAGGGAUCACAGCGGUGCACAAAGCCCAACUGCAUCCCUCAAUGCCAGAAUGGAGGAAUGUGCCUCAGGCCUCAACUCUGUGUCUGCAAGCCUGGUUCAAAUGGGAAGGCAUGUGAACAGAAGAUGGUGCACACACACUCCUUUCCAGGACUGCCUGGGAAUGGACCCACCAACAGGCACACCAGUGGACACACUAAUGGACACAAUGUGGUACCCCAGAGGCCCAUACCUCAGCAAGUGUCUCCCAAUGGUUAUGCCUCUGCCCCCGCCCCGUCGGGUAACAUGGGCCAGAUGAAACUAACUGUCAAUCCGGCGCCCCAGCUUGUAAGACCACAUUACAUCCAACAGCACAUCCAGCAGCAGAUCCGGCCUGUGGCCAUGCACCCAGCACAGAGCCAGCAGUAUGUUAUAAAGCCCAAAUACUACCACACACACACUACGCACACACAGACACAUGUCCAGUCCCAACCCGAGAGGCCGAUUCCCCUAACAGUGGGACACAACCCCAUCCAUGUGGGCAACCAUACAGGAAGGAUCAAAGUAGUCUUUACACCAACCAUCUGCAAAUUAACCUGCAUAGGAGGCAGAUGUCACAACAACUGUGAGCUGGGAAACACCACUACCAUUAUCAGUGAGAACGGCCACGCUACAGACACCCUGACAGCACCCAACUUCAGAGUAGUGGUGUGUCACCUGCCAUGUAUAAAUGGCGGCAAGUGCAGUGCCAGGGACAAGUGUCAGUGCCCUCCCAGCUUCACUGGAAAGUUCUGCCAGAUGCCCGUUCAGAAUGGACACCAACAGCACCAGCAGGUGUCGGGUGGCUACAGCCAAACUCAGGUCCACUCCACACAUACACUGCCUCUGACCUACAGCAACGGCCAGAGUCCUGUGUUCAGCCCCAACAUCGUCAAUAUCCACAUCAAACAUCCUCCAGAGGCCUCUGUCCAGGUCCACCAGGUGUCUCAGCUGGACAGUUACCACAACAAUGGGCACCAACUGAAAGGCCCUCAACAGGGCUCCCCUUCAUCCACCAGCUACACUUACCACCACACAGAGAGCAGCCAGAAGAUCCAGCAUCACGGCUACAACAUAGUUUAUCCGAGCCAGCAUAACUACCAGAUCCCCCACUACCAGCCUGUCACAUCCAAGAACACACUGGGUCGCUGCUUCCAGGAGACUGCAGGGAGUCAGUGUGGGAAAGCUCUACCAGGUCUCACUAAGCAGGAGCAGUGCUGUGGGACCAUUGGGACUUCCUGGGGUUUCCAUAAAUGCCAAAAAUGUCCAAAGAAACCAUCUAUCCCUCUGAUAGAUUGUCCUCAGGGUUACAAGAGAAUCAACAGCUCUCAUUGCCAAGAUUUAGAUGAGUGCCAGCUACAUGGGGUGUGUCCAAAUGGAAACUGUCUGAACACCAUUGGCAGCUACAGGUGCAUAUGUAAACCCGGCUAUGUUCCUGACCCCACGCUCACCACAUGCAUAUCCAACACACCUGCCAUCCAAGAUGAGAAGGGGGCUUGCUUCCGUUUGGUCAGCUCAGGGAGGCAGUGUUUGCACCCAGUGUCAGCCCAGCUAAGCAAACAGCUCUGCUGCUGCAGUGUGGGCAAAGCCUGGGGCCCUCGUUGUGAAAAAUGCCCCCCUCCUGGAACAGCUAAGUUCAAAGAGAUCUGUCCUGGUGGAAUGGGCUACACUGUUCUACCAAAUCCACCUGUCAAUAAGCCAGUCACCGUUUACCAGGAGCCCAUUGACCUGCUACCACCCCAACCCCUGCCAACACCAGAGAGACCAGUAGAGGCUUUUGGGAAAGCAGAAGAGAUUAUACCAGUAGCAACAACUGCACCAGAUCAGGAGCUGAUAGUUCCUGUGGUUAGUAAUAGGCCAGUAAUUGAACCUAUCCUGCCCCAGCUAUCUCCAGGUGUAUCCACUGUCAAGAUCGAUGCAGCCUACCCAGAGGUUGUUGAGAGGAGCUCUCCACCUGCACCAGUGGAGAUCCUCCCAUCUAAUGCAGGUCAGGACAUCGCUCCCACCCAGUCAGCAGAGGUGGAUGAGUGCCAGAUCAACCCUUAUAUCUGUGGCCAGGGGAUCUGUUACAACACAGCUGAGGGAUACACCUGCCACUGUGAUGAGGGAUACCACCUGGAUGACUCCCAGACCAUCUGUGUAGAUGUGGAUGAGUGUUUGGAAAGCACCUCUUUGUGCUUUGGAGGUCGCUGUGUGAACACAGAAGGCAGUUUCCUGUGUCAGUGCCCAUGGGGAUUCCUCAUUGAUGGAGAUGGAACCAGUUGUGUUGAUAUUGAUGAAUGCACAAACAGGACGGUGUGUCCUUCUGGUAUCUGCAUCAAUGUGCCGGGAGGUUACAACUGUGACUCUUGUCCUAAUGGCUUCUUGGCACAGGGAGGCCAGUGUGCAGAUAUAGAUGAGUGCCAGGAUCAGCAGGUCUGUACCAGAGGUCACUGCCAGAACACUGAAGGCUCCUUUGUCUGUCAGUGUGGGCCAGGCUUCAGUGUGUCCCCAGCUGGAGACCGUUGUGAUGAUGUGGAUGAGUGUUUAGAAGCCAGACCCUGUGAACCUGUUGGACAUUGUGUUAACAACAUGGGCUCCUACACCUGUACCUGCCCUCGGGGAUACCGACAGAUCAACGGCACUAGCUGCAGAGAUGUUGAUGAGUGUGCGGAUGAACCUGAGCUCUGUUACCCCCACGGCGAGUGUCUCAACACAGAGGGAUCCUUUCUGUGUGUGUGUGAGAGCGGAUUCACUGCCAACCACGGCACGCCCUCCUGUGAUGACAUUGAUGAGUGUGGGCUCAAUGAGACGCUCUGUGGCCCUCAUGGCUUCUGUGAGAACAGACUGGGCUCUUUUCGAUGCCUCUGUGACCAGGGCUACCAGGAGACACAGGAUGGCCAAGCCUGUGUGGAUGUGAAUGAGUGUGAGCUGCUGAGCAGUGUGUGCGGAGAAGCCCAGUGUGUGAACGUUGAUGGUUCCUUCCUCUGCGUGUGUCCCAGCGGCCAGGACUAUAACGUCAUGAUUGCCAAGUGUGAGCCCGCAGCGUCAUCAGUGGAGCGGAAGGAGUGCUACUAUCGUCUGAAUGAUGAGAACCUGUGUGAGAGUGUGUUGACCAGCCAUGUUACCCUGCAGGACUGCUGCUGUACACUGGGAGCUGGUUGGGGUGAUAACUGUGAGGUGCAUCCCUGUCCUGUCAACGGCACAGACCAGUUCAAUCAGAUGUGUCCAUCCGGAAGAGGUUUUAUUCCCAAUGGAGAGCUGCUAUAUGGAGUGCCAACAACUGAAAGCCAUAAAAAUGCAGAUGAAUGCAAACUGUUUGGCCAGGAGGUGUGUAAAGGAGGCUUCUGUUUGGAUACUGUGGGUAGCUAUGAGUGUUACUGCAAGACUGGACAGGACUACGACCCGGCCAAACUGGAGUGCAGAGACAUCAAUGAGUGUCUGGAUGAGUCUGUGUGUGAACGUAGUCAGUGUUUGAACACAGAUGGUUCAUACAUGUGUUACUGUAUACAUCCCAUGGUGAUGGAUCCCAACACUAAUAGCUGUGUCUUCGCUUCUGAGGUGUCCGAGCAACAUGAAGCGGGGCAGGUGAAUUUUCAGAUCUGUUGGCAGACUGUGACAGAAACCAUGAUGUGCAUGCAGCCACUGGCUCCCCACAGGAAGACCACAUACACAGAGUGCUGCUGUCUGUACGGAGAGGCCUGGGGGAGGGACUGUGCCCUGUGUCCACCCAGAAACUCCAAGGACUAUGCGUCCAUGUGUAACCUUCCUCUGAGUGAAGGGCAGCGACCAUAUGGUCGUGACGCCCUUGUUGCCGGCCCAAUCCAUGAAUAUGAACCAAGCCCAGAAUAUUCACCAUCAUCCGAGCAGCAAGUUGUGCUGCCUUUUUACGAGAAUGAGGAGCAUCCAUACAGGGCAUUUGAGGGCCUACAAGCAGAGGAGUGUGGGAUACUGAAUGGUUGUGAGAACGGUCGAUGUGUCCGGGUUCAGGAGGGUUACACCUGCGACUGCUUUGAUGGAUACACCCUGGACCUGUCCCUCAUGGCCUGCAUUGAUGUGAAUGAGUGUUCAGAACUAAAUAAUCAGAUGUCACUGUGUAAAAAUGCAAAGUGCAUCAACACAGUGGGCUCCUAUCAGUGUGUGUGCCUGCCAGGCUUCACUGCCUCUGACAAACCCAACUACUGUGUGGAGGAAGCAACACACCUAACAUCAACACACACGCAGUGAGCACCAACGGAUUCUAGGGGGGCGACAAAAGACACUCAAACCACACACACAAGCUUGUAUUACUAUACUUGUGAGGACGUCCCCUGACUACAUUCAAUCACUGCCAAAUCCUCAACACUAGCUUUAAAGGGGAACUCCCUGAUUUAGUUUAAGGGUCCAAAACACUCCACAGCAGAUGAUCAGCAGUGUCCUGGAGGACAGUUAGAAAUGUGGUGCUCGUACAACAAAAGCAGAGAGUGUAGCCUAAACUGUUAAAAAACUAAUGAUGAUCUUUAUCCAAAAUCAUAAUUAAACCUGAAGAAUGUAAACUCUGUCUCUAAAGUUCCCUGAUCCUGAUUCUACUCUUACUCCAUCAUUUAAACCCUGACUUAAAUCAAUCCUGCUUUUUACCUUCAUCAUUAUUUUUACUUCCUUAAUUUCCCUUUUAACAACACCAUGUAUUUUUGUUUUUAUAGUACUUGUGUUAUUAUAUUAAUAUAACAUAAUAAUAUAUUUGUUACAUUUUCUUUAUUUGAAUGGUUUUCCAACUUGGACAUUUUCAAUAAAGUCUUUCUAAAUAUAAUACAGUACUACCAAUAUUAAGGCCUAUUUACUAAAAUAUCAAAAAUAUUUAAUUAAAUAAUUUUAUAUUUUUUUUUACUGUUUGUAUGGAGGCAUUCACAUUGCAUUUAUAAAAAAAAAAAGUCUCAGUUUUUCUUAAUUUUCAAGAUAAUUAACUCAUUUCAGAGAUAAACCCUGAGCCGGCUUUGGCAUGAACCAUGCCCACCUCUCUCACUCUGGUUUCAAUUAAAUCAAAUUCAAUUUUAUUUAUCUAGCACCAUAUCAUUACUUCAGUUAUCUCAUACAGAGCAGUCUAGACUGUACUCUUUAUAACAGUUCCACCAUGAGCAAGCACUUGACCGAGGUGGCGAGGAAAAACUUCCUUUGAACAGGCAGAAACCUCGGGCAGACCCAAACAUGGCUCAUAGGUAGACCGUCAUCCACCACCACCGGUUGAGUUAAAGAGAGAGAGGGGCGGAUAGAGGGAGGGGUUCACGGCUGGAGAGCCAGUGUUAGGGGCUGUUGUGUUUUGGGCAGGGGGGGCUGAGAGCUAUCCUGUUAAUUCAGAAACAAGGAGAUGUUUUUCCAUUCAGACUUAUCUCAAGAUUAUGAGAACUUGGUAAUGAAACGAAUAUUUUUCCAAAUGAAUGCAGUAUGAUUCUGUAGUUUGCAGGAAUCAGUAGAAGAAGAAAGCUAAAGCGAGACUCCCUUCCUCUCUGCUCUUGGUCACACUUAACAAUGACUCCAUGCAACAAUGUUUGCACAGUGAAAACAAAAGCAGAGUCUCUGCACACAUUUUUGGCUUCUUGAUUUACUCACACACAAUCAGAAACUGUUAUUGGCCUUAUUUUGAUUCAGCAACGCAGAACCACAGUUUAUAGUGACGUUAUUGUGAUGUAACAGCUCCACCAGUGCUUUUACUGCUAUGACAUGUCUGCUGAGUACGACAGGCUUGAAAAAUGUUAUAAAUAUAAAACUUCCUAAAUCAAACAGUAAAAUAGACUUAUUUGCAGUUUUAGGUGGUCUGUGAAUUGUUUUACAAUAGUAUCUGUAAUACUGGUGGUAUAUUUUGGAUUUUAUUUGAAGGUUUUUUUUUUUCUUCUUCUAUAUUUUUUAUAUUUGGAUUUUUACAGAAAAUGCUGGAGACUAAAUGAAAUGUGCUGGUAGUUAAUAUGGAGUGAUUCUGCAGUAAGUCGACAGAUGUAUGCUGAUGUUUCGCAGGUACAAUGUUCACCGCGUUAACAAUCUUAGUUUCUGUGUUAGCAUGCUAUCAUAUGCUAAUUCACAUUAACCAUUAACUGCAGCUGAGACUGAUGGACUAUAUUUAGUUUGGCAGGUAAUUAGUCAAAUUAUUAAUUUGACCUGAUGAUAACACUAGAGGGAAGUUGUUUAUGUGUGAAGCAAGUUUUAAAACAAUUUAUCCAAACCUGGAGAAAAAGUCAAAAUCAUUCCAGUUCACCAUCUGCUGAACAUUCAUGGUAAUGCAUCCAGUUACUGACAUUCAUCUUAAGUACUAAAGUUGGACUGAAGUGGCUUAUGUUUGCUGCUUUAAAUAAUCCAUUCAAAAGGUAUACCCACAUUUAUUAUGCUGCCUGAGUCAGUUUCCUGCAAUAUGAUGUAUUGUCAUAGUAAAUAAUAAUCAUUUAAUAUUUAAUUAUGGUAUAUGCAUUUAAAAUUGUAUGUAUUAACAUUAAAGGGAGGGUGAAUGGCCUUAUCCUCAUUUUAUUACUCAAUUUUAAAAGACAAAUGACUCAAAGAAGUGUGAAUCAGUUUGCCUUUAAACAGAGCUCUAUCACUGUUUCCCGUUUUGGUCCUUAAAAGUAUAGAAAUACAAGCGUGUGUACACACACACACACACACACACACAAACACACACAAACACACACUUACUUAAUCAAAGCCCAUAUAUUCUGCACUGUAUAAGAUACACACUAAAUGAAACAUACCGUAAUUUACUUGAGAUGAAGAGUCAACUUAAUCUACUAUGUGGUGCCUUUGUGGGGGAUAGAAACAGAAUUGUAUGAAUGUAUGUUUUGUCUGUUGCUUUUCUAAGGUUGUUUCUUAUUUUGUUUGUAAGUGGGGUUGUGUGUGUUCUAAGAGGCCAUUUUGUUCAUUUAAAGGGAUAGUUUGGGUGUUUCAAAAUGGGGUUUUAUGAAGUGCAUAGUCGUGUGUUAGCUAUAGUGGACAGCGGUUAGCAUGCCUCUAGUCUCGAGAAGCAGACAAGGACAGACAGGGUCAACAGAACAAGGUUGGUGGCUAAAAUAUGUUUUUCUGUUGAGCCUGUUCACAGCAGUGCAUAGCUCUGCUGCUGUGCUGUGAUCCAAACUGGGAUUCACUGACCAGCAUUUACUGUAGGUACAUACACAUAGUACCUCAUACAACCCCACUUUAAAAUAUCCAACCUAUUUUUUUAACAUAUCGACAAACCCUAUAGACUUGUGCUGGGGGAUCCAGUUGUUGUUUUCUACCCAGUCAAAACUGAUUGUGGAUAUUUAAUUCUGUGAAGAGGCCAGCUGUCUACUCCCUCUCUUCCUCCAUCACCAUCCAACUGUCUGCCAGAAAGAAAAGCUUGUUUCUACAAUACAGUGUCACCAAAUCAUUUAUAUGCACAUUUUGAUGUAUUAAAGAAAGUUGCUAACGUAAAGUCUUUGGAAUAAGUUUUUUGUUGGAUUUUGUCUUGUAAGACAGCCAAACAGUAAAACUACUUGUCUGGAAUGACAGACAACAGAUGCCUUUUUUCUUCCAAAGAAUUAAAAGACUUUAUUUCAUUUCCUGGAAUUCCUUCCCUUCUUCCUCCCCCUUGUAUGUGCUGAAUAACUGAAAUUAAUUAUAUUGUUCAUGCUUCUCUUAUCUUUGUUUCACUGCAAAGUCUUGCCAGGUUGCUAAGCUGCUAUGGGACAGCGAUGGGAGAGGAGAAACUUGUGUACAUUUAAACAAAAGAGUGGAGGAACAGCUGAUGUAUUUGUAAUUUGUACAUGAAUAAAUAGCUUUUUCUAUGAAUUCAUAUUACAGUGUACAUUAAACCCCUUGAUAAUAAACCAUAAAUUGUGAUAUUUA